CUCGCAGGCGGGGCGGAGAAAAUGGCGUUGCCCCCGGCCGCCGCGCCCCCCGCCGGGGCCCGGGCACCAACGGGGCCCCGCGCCGCCGCCGCCGCGCCGCCGCUGGGCCUGCAGCAGCUCUCGGAGCUGCGGCCCGAGCCGGGUGGGGUCCCGCUGCACUCGCCCUGGACCUUCUGGCUCGACAGAUCCCUCCCUGGUGCCACAGCAGCUGAGUGCGCAUCAAAUCUGAAGAAAAUCUACACAGUACAAACGGUACAGAUAUUCUGGAGUGUGUACAAUAAUAUUCCUCCUGUGACUAGCCUGCCUUUGAGAUGUAGUUAUCAUUUAAUGCGAGGAGAGAGGCGGCCACUUUGGGAAGAGGAGAGUAAUGCAAAGGGUGGCGUAUGGAAGAUGAAAGUUCCCAAGGACAGCACGUCCACAGUUUGGAAAGAGUUGUUGUUAGCGACUAUCGGGGAACAGUUCACAGACUGUGCCGUCGCAGAUGACGAAGUAAUAGGAGUUAGUGUCAGUGUCCGGGACCGGGAAGACGUCGUCCAAGUCUGGAAUGUAAAUGCCGCUGUAGUGGGGGAAGCCACCGUUUUAGAAAAGAUCUAUGAGCUCCUGCCCCACAUAUCUUUUAAAGCCGUAUUUUAUAAACCCCAUGAAGAGCAUCAUGCUUUUGAAGGUGGACGUGGAAAACACUAAUUGCACUCUGUAAAGAAUUCUUUGUCCUUUGCUGAUUGGUUUUGGAAACGGUCUUAACAGGAGGGAGAGUGAAGAGAAGACUUGCCGAAGCCCGAUGCUGGUCCAUUUAGAGUGGGUUUCUGCCCUUGCAGAUUGAGCAAUUAGGAUUCAAAGUGGCAGGUGGGGUGGAGGGAGAUUGUGUGGGUUUUUACCGUCACAUAACUUGCUUUUUUUUUUUUUUUUUUUUUUUUGCUUUCUGAAUCCUCUGUUCUUUUCACUCCAAUUUUUUUUUUUUUGCCCUUUUAAACUCCUCAUUCAGUAUAAUUAUUGUUUUCUGUACUCCCCUUUCAUUGAGGCACAAGAAAUUGGUUUCCCUUUAAGUAGCUCUGCUGUACCUAGUUAAUGAGAAUAUGCAUAAUCGUGACAAUACUGCUUUUGAAAACCACACUGUCCUCCGGAGGAAUACUAGCUGGUGAAACCUGUCUUUUGAUUAUUUGUUGUGACACAUUCCUACAUCCUGUGCACUGGGCAUUGUUUUUUCUGUCCCAGGGAAAAGAAAAACCUUAUCUUAAUCUGAUUUUUCACUGAGAGCACACACAUCUUUUAUUUUUCCUUUUUAAGAAUUUUUUUUUCCCGAGAUGAAAGGAAAAUAAUAGUUGGGUUGCCAAACGUGAAAACUAUAAUCACAGUUGAGUAUCAGGAUGUAAAUCAAACUGUAGAUCUUUGGACCCUCUGUGGAAAUAUUUUCCAACCAGAAUUUCAAUUUGACCUUUUCAAAGGGAGGUGCUUAGAGUGGUAGCAAGGGGUUUGUCUCAGUAGGAAACCUUAUAAUUUCUGAUCUAAAGAGAAGGUGAUAUUUUAAUUGUUUGAAUUAAGCUGCUUCUAAAUUUUGGGUGUGUGUACCCACUUAGGGCUUUCCAAAUCAAUUCAGACACAUUUUGUUAAAUGACCCCCUUUUACUGUUCAUAUUGUGUGUCGUUUCCAAUAAUCAGUCAUUCUCCGGCCUGGGCAGCUUUCCCCUGCCUUUUUCAUUUAGGAGCAGAAGUUAAAUCUCAUUUCCAGGAUGAAUGUGAACAUUCACAAAGUUGAACUCUGAAUGUAUCCUGUUCACAUUAAUUUUUAGAAUUGUUGAGAUACAUCGUAUUAUGUUACCAAAUAAAUACCGGUUUUAGUAGAAGGAAAUGACCACCCUCUGGAACACUCAGAACGUUCUGAUUUCCCUCCCUCGACUCUGCCAAGCCUCCUACUGCAUCUACCUGAAAAAGGCAGGGCCAUUUGGAGACGCUUCCUCCUGCUGGCUUUUUUUCUGGACUCAGGGGAGCUAAGGCACGCUUAUACAUUUCACAGAAGGGCGGUGCAUCCGAACUUCAUUGCACCCAGGAUUUUUAAUUCCUCUUGCAGUAUUGACCAGCAGAGAGAGGUGGGGCUGCUUCCAGCCCGCAACCUGUGUUUGUAGAUAAAAUCCUCCAUUCAAACAGUGUAAAGGAUUUGAAACAGUAUCUUUUUACAAAAGUCCUGCCCUUCACUUGCAUCACUAACCACAUCAACCAUAAUAACAAUGAUCAUGGCUUUUCUUUCUUUUUUUAAUGCUUUGUUUCUAAACUUGAGUUUCUCCAGUGAUUUCAAAAUGAGGUUUAAGGGUAUCAGGCCCAUUUUUCAAAAGCCUGGAACUUUUA